UAAAUUUGUGACACGUUGGCAACACUGCCGCAACAAAUAAAAAGUAAACAAGGCGGCGUCGCGCAAUGACGGAAAAUAGUUCUAGCGAAAGUAAAGAGGAGCAGUCAUUAAAUGGAGAUGCUUUCUUACCGGAGGAACCAACGGCAUUAGCCACUGUAGGUGCUGAAUAUUCCAGCACAGGCAUUGAUUUUGAGGAUACUGUAUCCCUAGACUCGGCCAGCGUCUUAAGCACAACCACUACUACAACAACAACACGCAGCAAAAGCAAGUCGCCAAAUACGCGCAAGUUGAGAAAGUUAUGCCGGCGUGCCAAGGCGCCUAAAAUGGUGCAACCUCUCUACAAGUACAGUUAUCAUGUUCGCGAGGAUCACAAUCACCAGAUCUUUGGUGUGCAGUUUAAUCCCUUUCUGGACAGAAGUCAAGCGGUGUUUGCCACUGUGGGCAAAGAUCGUGUGUCUAUCUAUGAAUGUGUGAAGAAUAACUUGGAGGCUGAGUCUGAUGAAGAGGACGGCAUACGCCUGCUGCAGGUCUACGCAGAUCCGGAUACUGAUGAAAGCUUCUAUACAUGUGCAUGGUCCUAUGAUUCGAUCUCUGGUGAUCCUGUGCUGGCUGCAGCUGGUUAUCGUGGCGUCAUCCGCAUCUUCAAUAUAAUUAAACAUCAGUGUGCUAAGAAUUAUAUUGGACAUGGACAUGCCAUCAAUGAGUUGAAGUUUCAUCCGGUGCUGCCUCAGUUGCUGCUCUCCGGCAGCAAGGAUCACUCGCUGCGCUUGUGGAAUAUUCAAACGGAUGUGUGUGUUGCAGUAUUUGGAGGAGUGGAAGGGCAUCGUGAUGAGGUUUUGUCAAUUGAUUUUGAUUUACGCGGGGAUCGAAUCAUGUCCAGUGGCAUGGAUCAUUCGCUUAAACUGUGGCGUCUCAAUAAGCCAGAUAUUAAGGAAGCUAUCGAGCUGAGCUCGAGCUUUAAUGCCAGUAAAAAUACGGCUCCAUUUCCAACAAUCAAAGAGCAUUUUCCGGACUUUUCAACACGCGACAUUCACCGCAAUUAUGUUGACUGCGUGCAGUGGUUUGGAGACUUUGUCUUUUCCAAGUCAUGCGAGAAUUCGAUUGUCUGCUGGAAACCGGGAAAACUGUCCGCGCAUUGUCACGAGGCUAAACCACAGGAUUCCACCACAGUUCUCCAUCAUUUUGACUACAAAAUGUGCGAGAUUUGGUUUGUACGCUUUGCAUUUAAUGCCUGGCAAAAGGUGCUGGCUCUUGGCAACCAGCUGGGCACAACGUUUGUCUGGGAGCUUGACUCCAAUGAUCCCAAUUUGACCAAGUGCAGUCAACUUGUGCAUCCUAAAUGCACAUCAACCAUACGACAAACAUCAUUUUCCAAGGAUGGAUCUGUAUUAAUUUGUGUCUGUGAUGACAGCACAGUUUGGCGCUGGGAUCGUGUUAAUUAAGCUUACAUUUUCUAUACGUACUUGUAUUUAUUUAUAUGCAUAUUUUAAACAUUAAUAUUGACCAGUUCAGAGCUGAAACGU